GGGUUGUGCUCUCGGGCAGCUCUUUGCUCUACUAAGCAAAACGCAGGCUUUGUAUCAGCCAAUGGGAAAGAGCUUUAUUCACCAAAGCUGUGACGUGGCCGCUAGCUAGCUAGUUCGCUAACGAGAAAGAAGAUGCAUUCUCCAAUGCUGGGACCAUCCUUGUACACUGUCAAAGCAGUUCUGAUUCUGGACAACGAUGGAGACAGGCUAUAUGCCAAGUAUUAUGGUGAUGGAUACCCAUCAGUGAAAGAGCAGAAGGCGUUGGAGAAGAACAUAUUCAACAAAACCCACAGGACGGACAGUGAGAUAGCAUUACUCGAAGGCCUCACGGUUGUCUACAAGAGCAACAUUGACCUUUUCUUUUAUGUGAUUGGAAGUUCUCAUGAAAAUGAGCUUAUGCUCAUGGCAGUUCUAAACUGCCUUUUUGAUUCGCUCAGUCAGAUGUUGAGGAAGAAUGUAGAGAGAAGGGCUUUGUUGGAGAAUAUGGAGGGACUCUUCCUGGCUGUGGAUGAAAUUGUAGAUGGAGGGGUGAUUCUGGAGAGUGACCCUCAGCAAGUUGUGCACCGUGUGGCUCUGAGAGGGGAUGAUGUGCCUUUGACAGAGCAGACAGUCACCCAGGUUCUUCAGUCUGCCAAAGAACAGAUCAAGUGGUCGCUCCUACGAUAAAGUCACGGCCGCACCAGUCUACCAGUGAGCCGCAGUCUCCUUUUCCUCUGAUUUCCACUCCUUCAAUUAAAGCCGUGAGGAGUACCGCUGGCGGAUCCAGUCACUCCCUGGAUUAUUGCUUGACAAUGUUUUUUUUAAAUUUCCACGAUUUGUUGUUGGGUUUUUUUGCGUGUGUGACAUAAACAUCAACAUGAGGAUAAGAUAUGGCGUACCUUCCAGCACUGCCUUAUUGGUUAGUUUUUUUUCAGUAAGCCCUGUAGGUGUUAAUUAAACCAGUGGAUUGGUCUCAUGUCUAAACGUCAUCAUACCCUGUUGCAACAUUCCACGUAUAUCCUUGAGCAAAGUUUAUCCCAUUUGACAGCAUCGUCAUCUUACUGUACAAAGUAUUGAAGCACUGUCUGCCAUUCAAUGUGAUUUAAAGGAGUACAAAUUGUACUGUAGACAUAACAAUGAUUACAAAGGUGUGUUGUGAAUAUAUUUCGGAUCUUUUACAUUCAUACUUUGAUGAAUGAUAAAAGAUACUUCUAAUAAAUAUUUGUUGACACCAAAAUGUGAGCAGCUGUGAUAUGUAAA